AAUAGGUCUAAAUCUACCAAAACAAAGUUACAAGAGGAAGAGAGGCGCUCUUGCGCAGAAGACGUAAGGGAUGAAUACAUUUUGACCAUCUUUUAAGCACUUGAUCAGAUCGAUCUGUCUGGACCUAGGCGGGGCAUGUAAAGUUUGUUGCAAGUAUUGUUCAGUUUAAACAAUACAGAUCAGAACAGGUCCUGAUCUGUUCCUCAGUCGUCUGCUAUCUGGGGUUUACCCCUACUGGAGAUGAAAGGACAGCAAAAGAGUCCAGACACAGACGGGGAUGUUUCAGUGAUGGAGGAAGGUGCUGUUGCCACCGCAGACGAUUCAACUGCCAUCACCACCAUCCAAUCAGCAGCCACAUUUUCCACAGACCAGCCAAUCAAGUACCUUUUCAAAACCGAGGGAGCAGGAGGGCAGGUGACUUAUCGGGUGAUUCAUGUAGCUGAUGGCCAAGUGGACGGCCAGGCGGAUGGAGCAGGGGCGGUUAGUGUGGUCACUGGGUUCCCUACAGCAACACAAGCUGUAACGCCUGCGGUUACACAGGCUGUAUUGGCGCAAGCCGAAGGUCUGGAUGGAGAGGCUUCUGAAACACAUUACUACUACCCAGCCACCAUCUCCAACACCCCGACGGCCACCAUGGUAACCAACGUCCAAGCCCCGGAUUCAUUACUCGCUCAGAAUACACCCACAGGUCAACUGUAUGUGAUGAUGUCACCGCAAGAUGUUUUGAGCACGACCACUCAAAGUAAAGCCGAGGCUCCACGUACUUCGAGAGAUGACAAGAGACGAGCCCAGCAUAAUGAAGUGGAACGUAGGCGUCGAGAUAAAAUCAACAACUGGAUUGUUCAGCUGUCCAAAACCAUCCCAGACUGUACAGUAGACUCAACCAAGAAUGGCCAGAGCAAAGGGGGGAUUCUGUCCAAAGCGUGUGACUACAUCCAGGAACUCCGGCAGAGCAAUGCCAGGUUAGGAGAGGAUAUGGACUCCCUGGACCGACUGAGGAUGGACAACCAGCUCCUCAGACAAGAGGUGGAGGAGUGGAAAUCGAAAAAUCAGAUUCUCAGAGGGCAGCUACGGCAGCAUGGUAUCGUGGCAGCGAGCGUGGAGCCCCAGUGAGGAGAGCCAGAAAGAGAGCUGAGAUCCCCCCCCCCAUUUCUCCUGUUUUUAAUCCAAUGUUGACCCUUUUACACCCGGUAUUAAAAUUGGCUUCAUUGAACAAGAACAAAUAUUCAUGGCCACAACCCAUCCAAGUUUUCAUUAAUCCUCAAAACCGCCUCAAAACUGCCUGUAGAGGUAGAUGAUGCUAGGGCAUCCAUGAUUCAGCAAGGCUUAGACAGCAAAAGGAGUAUGUUCAGUUUCUUCGUAGUCUCUGAGCAAAAAUGACACUUGGACUUGCAUUACAGACAGAGUAGUUUGUACAAGAGAAAACAUAACAGUAGGUAAAAGUAAUAUGGCCAUUUGUGUGAAUUUGUUUAUGGUCUUGGCCACUUUUUUCCUUUUAUAGAACAGACAAAUAAUUAAAGCGGGUGAAUGCAAGUUCGCUUGGGCAGAUACUGAUACACAUGUAUGUAGCCAACACCUUGUUUAGACAUAAAGUCCUUCAUAUACAUUCACUUCCCCGUGUUAUCUAAUUCAACAAGAAAGAGGUGUCCCACAUUGACACUAGAUAUAUGCUUAUGGUGGUGAUUUGACAAUCCAAUAAUAGUCUGUUUAUAUAUUUGUUUUGACAAUGUUUUUUUUUUUUUUUUAAUACCAAGUGUAAAAGUGGUUUUACUUAGAAUGAGAUUUAAUUUCUGAUCUGGAAUGCACUAGACUUGCGUCCAAGUUUUUGCUCUGUGAUGUAUAAACAUAUGAUUUUAGACCUGGGAAGAUCACUAGGCCCUUGAAGACCCCAACAUUUGUGUGCAAAUCUGGCUCAUGGAAAGAUAAAGUUCAUUUUUAAAAACUAUCACUGGCCAUAGAAAACAAAUGCCACAUCUAAACUUUUAUCAGUGUCUAGUAACAAAUGCAUCAAUUAUGAACAUUUAUUACUGUGUCAUUUUGUACACUCUGUUGCCUUUCUACAUGACAUUUAAGCUUAAUUAAUGUUUUUGACAAUUGACUAUUAUUUACACCAGAACAUGUUACAUGUCUGUCUAAGCUGUCAAUAAAAUGUUCAUCAUGUAAUUUAGGCACUAUUUGUAGAAUAAUUUGAUGAUGACCAUGGAAACAUGUCCUGUAUGCCAAAUCCGUAGCCUGUAAUGUUCUGUUUUAGUUUACAUCCAUGUACAUACUAUCAUUACAUGUUCUGUUUUGUCUUUUAAUUCUGUAGUCGUUUAGGCAAAUGCAUAAGUUUUACAUUUGUAUUAAAACACUGCAAAAUGC